AUGAUAACUACCAUCAUGGCAAACACCGAGCGUUCAGCUAGGUUGGGUGAGCCAGAGAUCGUCACUCUUGCUGAAUCGAUUCGUCGAAGAAAGAGGGAGCGACUGGCUUGUACUUUCAUAAAAACCGAGCAAACAUAUGGCAGUGACUGUGCGAAAGAAGAGGGGGCAGAUCGGCGAGCCGAGGAAAUUAAAAAAGAAUUGGAAAGUCAACCAAGACUUCCGAAACUCAUUAUAAAAUUACCUCGACGACCUAACGAAAACAACUACGACUCCAAAAAGAGAAAAAAGAAGCGAAAGAAGAAGGAAUAUGACAGUGAUUGGGAGGGCAGUGAUAGGGCAAGACGAAGAAAGCGAACGAAACGAGACAAGGGGUACGAAAUACGAGUUGUGGAGCGUGAUCAAGAAGAGUGCAAGAUACCAAGAGUUGAUGAGGAACGAAUCGACGUUAGUAUGUUGUCGAGAAAGCGUCGCUUAAUGAUGCAGUGGCAGGAGGGACAAGAGAAUCAAAAUAGGGAAAACGGUGAGCACAAGACGAGCAUUCCAUCGCUUUCUACCCGACCGAGAAAUGAAUUUAACACGGAAGCUAUAAAAGCACGACUGUCAAAGUUCGGCCCUGCGGAUGGCCAUUUGCCGAAAGGCACUUUUGUCGUUUGCAAAGCUGAUAUAUUUCGAGAUGAUUGUGCAUUGUGGAGAGUAGACAACCAGAACAUGAUACAGAAGUAUCCGCCCAGAAUCGAUCCGGCAACGAAGGAUAUUUCCUACAAAAAUAGCAGCACAUAUUCUGGAUGGUGCGAUCAGGUUGCAUACGGAUAUUAUCGAAUUGCUAUAAAGCACAUUAAACAGACACGUUCUGAAGCAAUAAUACGACCAGAAAUCCCUAUAUCUGAUCUCUUUCCUGCAAUGACUUCUGAGUGUAAUGAUGUAAAUGGCUUUCUGAAAGGAGACGAGGAGUGUUCAACUGAUACUGAAGAUCACAUUUCAAUGCUACGCGAUCCGCUGCGUUUGUCGCUAUACACAUUCACCCUGGCUAUGAUCAAUCAUGCUCUUACUCUGGAGUUUUUUCAGCAGAUGAAAGGCAAAAAUGAUUGGAAUUUUUUGAGAGCUGUAACUGAAAUCGAUAAGGUAAACGCGGACAGCUUGACCAAGCUUCGAGGAUUGGUGAAGUUCAAUGAGAAGCUUGAAGAUGCAAUUCAUGCUUAUACACAGCUUUGCAUCACCGAUAGUGACUUCCACUCACUCCACUGUCAGUCUUGUGCUUUGCUGCCGAUCGAGCGAAUUAUUCAGCUUUAUGCUCUGGAUUCCUAUGAUUUAGAAACGUUGCAGCCAGUUGAUAAGCCCUCAUUGGAUUCAAGUCCGUUGCCUGCUUACGAAUUUCUUGUGUGUCACUCCUGUGCUAAUGUUUCACAACUAUAUCACAGAUGCUACCAUAUGAAGUAUCACUUGUUGAAGAAAUGCGAAGACAAGCUCGAAAUCCUGGGAACCCAACAUCCCGAGUAUUCGCCGGAAAAAACGGUGGAGGCGGCACGAAAGUGUCGCGGUUGGUUGAAUCGUAUUCUCACUGAAUACAUGGAUCUUUGGAAAAAGAUUCAGAAUCUUGAUCACUGA